AUGCCGUCAUUACGCCAAACACUCAUUUCCGCCCUCUCCGUCCUCCCACCCCUAGCCCUCGGCACCCCUCACGCCGUCCGCCAAGCAGGAGCACCAACAGUGACGAUUCAGAACGGUACCAUAGCCGGCGUGCACAACUCCAACUACAAUCAGGACUUCUUCCUCGGUAUUCCCUAUGCUCAGCCACCGUUGGGCGAUCUGCGGUUUCGAGAGCCACAGCCAUUGAAGGAUGUUUGGAGUGGAAUGCUAGAGGCGACGAAGUAUUAUCCGGAAUGUUAUGGAUACGGCUACGACCAAAUCGGCUACGAGCAGUCCGAAGACUGCCUCGUUGUAAACAUCGUACGACCGAGCGGUUUCGACGGCCAGGCCCUACCGAUUGGAGCCUGGAUCCACGGUGGAGGCUUUUAUAUGGGCGGCGCGAGUGAUCUGCGGUACAAUCUGUCGUUCAUUGUAGAGAACUCGGUGAAGAUCGGUCAUCCCGUUAUCGGUCUCUCCAUGGCAUACCGACUGGGUCCGUGGGGAUUCUUGAAUGGGCAGGAGAUACAGUCUGAGGGAUCGACCAAUGUUGGGAUGAAGGAUCAGAGACUUGCCCUGCAUUGGAUCCAGGAGAAUAUUGCUGCCUUCGGAGGCGAUCCGGCUAAAGUGACCAUCUUUGGAGAAUCAGCCGGUGCCACUGCCGUCGGGCUGCACGCCAUCGCAUAUGGAGGCAAGGACGAGGGCCUCUUCAGCGGCAUAAUCGGGCAGUCCGGAAACCCCAUGGUGGCAGCAUACAAUGCAACAACUGGCCAGCGCACCUUCGACAAUAUCACAGACAUUGCAGGCUGUAGUAACGAGGACGACAAGCUAAGCUGUCUCCGCGGCAAAGACUUCGAUACACUGAACACUGCGUUCAACAGGACUGGCAUCCGCUUCAGUCCGGCGCCAGAUGGCGACUUUAUACCCAACUCGACGUAUGGAGCAGUCAUCAACGGCGACUUCGUCAAGGUACCGUAUAUGAUUGGCGCCAACAGCGAUGAAGGCACCAGCUUCGGUCCCGUUGGAAUCAACAAUGAUUCCGACUUCCGAAGGUAUCUGCUGCGGUCCGGCCUCACGGAGGACUCUGCGCCGAUUAUCGAAGCCACAUACCCCGAUAUUCCUGCCAUUGGCAUUCCUACGACACUCACCUACACGCUCAAUUCGUCCUAUGGCUAUCAGUACAAGCGCGGCAAUGCUUUCGGGGGUGACCUGUCAAUGCACGCUGGACGCCGGCUCACCAACCAGCAGUACGCCAACUACAAUGUGACGACUUACUCGUACCGCUUCAACACGAUCCCAUACCCACUGCCAAACUUCAUCGGCGUAGCCCAUUUCCAAGAAGUGGCCUUCGUCUUCGACAACACCGACGGUCUCGGAUACGCAGCAAAUGCCAAGCCAUUCACAGACGUGCCGGAGAGCUACUUCUACCUUGCUCAGCUCAUGAGUUCGAUGUGGGCGAGCUUCAUUGCGACAGGUGAUCCGAACAACCAUAUGAUGACGGCGCCGCAUUGGCCAGUGUAUAUGAAUGGUCCAGGAGGAGAUCCAGUGACUGGGGCGGGAGGAUAUGGAAAGAACAUGGUGCUGCAGGCGAAUGACACGGGGAGUUAUGUGGAGGAUGACACUUACCGGGCAACGGGAAUCGCGGCUCUCAAUCAGAUGUGGGGGACUGUGUUUGGGAGGUGA